AUGGCCGCUGUAAACCCUCCAGUUCAAAUACCAAUGAAUGUAACAGUCACUGGACUGUACCCUGUAGAUAAAAAGAAUGGUUACUUGAAGAAGUUAGGAGGCAAAGGAAUAAGUAAGAACUGGAGAAGAAGAUACUUUGUAUUGACCGAGAGUGGUAUCCUGUAUUAUUUUAAACAAAGAAAUAGUACUGAACCAGUUGGAGCAGUAGACCUAUCUCAAUAUACUAAAUGUUUCAAGGACAACACAAAGAAGAACUACUUCUUCUUGAACAACGAGAAUGAUUCAAGCCAGAGAGUGUUUCACUUGAUUGCAGACUCACCAGAGGAGAUGGACGAGUGGAUUAGAUGCAUUAGUACCUUCUUCGAAGGUGAUAUAUCCGACUUUAAGAGUCAGAUGAUGGGUCUCAAGCAGCAAAAGACCGACUCGAAGCUUAAUCUGUCCAAGGGUAGUGGCGGCGCGCCCUCCUCCGAGGAGCAGCUCAACCCGCUGGACAAGUUCCAGCUGGUGUUCAAGGGCGAGCGUGUGUCACUGCUGCUGCAGUCUGAGGUGCCCAACGGCGGGUCGCCUUCGUCGACGCGUGAGCAGUCGCCCAACGCCUCGCCCAAGGUUGCCGUCAAGAACCCGCCUCCCAUACCAGCACGCAAGCCAACUCUCCAGAACAUCGAUGAGUCCAAGGAGAUCCUCCAACAACUACAGGCCACUCAAAUAGCGGAUAAUUCAUUUGAUAAUGAUGAUGACGAUGACGAAGAUAACUAA